CCUCCCAUUCAAAAGAUGCCGAAGGGGCGGCGCGGCAGCCAGAGCCCCACGAUGAGCCAGCGGCCGGCCCCGCCCCUCUACUUCCCGUCCCUCUACGACCGCGGCGUCUCUUCGUCCCCGCUCAGCGACUUCAACAUCUGGAAGAAGCUCUUCGUGCCGCUGAAGGCGGGCGGGGCACCAGCGGGCGGGGCGGCGGGGGGUCGGGCCCUGCCCCAGGCGGCCCCGGCCCCAGUGCCCCCGCCGCCGCCCGGCCUGGGCCCCCGCAGCGAGCGCCCCUGCCCCCCGCCCUGGCCCUCCGGCCUGGCCUCCAUCCCCUACGAGCCUCUGCGCUUCUUCUACUCGCCGCCGCCGGGGCCCGAGGUGGCUGCCUCUGCUCUGGCCCCAGGCCCCACGACCCCUGGGCUGGCUUCUGCCUCCCACCCCGAGGAGCUGUGUGAGCUGGAGAUCCGGAUUAAGGAGCUGGAGCUGCUCACCAUCACUGGGGACGGUUUCGACUCCCAGCGCUAUAAAUUCUUGAAGGCGCUGAAAGAUGAGAAGUUACAAGGACUGAAGACCAGGCAGCCUGCAAAGAAGCCGGCCUCUCUCUCCUGAGGAGCUGCCCCCCAGAGCCUGGGCAGCCACCUCCUUCAGUGUUAGUGCUUAGACAAUGUGUCCCGGUUGUUGUCAUUUCAAAGAUGGUUAUUUUCUGUUCUGAAUUUACUGCUGUUCUCCUUGCUCCCAGCAUGGACUCCACAUACAAUGCCCACUUGAGUGGGAGGCUCCUGGAACCUGUCCUCUGUGUGCCGCUGCUGGGGGGCUCUCUUCUGGGAUCUGGAAGCUGCUGCCCAGCUGGCAUUCAGGGGCUCCAAAGACGAGGGAAGGGGACCCGAACACUGCCAAGUCAGGAGAGAAUUGGGAAUAACCAAGGGCAAUAUAUAUUUGGUUCUGUUUCCUGCUCAGAGAGGCACUUUGAGGCCUGGAACAAUGGGUUGGUUUGUUUUCAAACACCUUUAGUCCCUGAAAGUGUUUUAUUUUUUUAAUGGUUUUGGACUACAAAACUCUUUUGAUAAUCUGAUCAAAGCCAUGGUCCUUCCUGGAAAUUUAUAUAUUCAGGAAAUUUUUAUUGACACUUUCCUAGGCUCUUGGGA